CAAUUGGUGCGUGCGAUGACCGUGCGUGUAGGAGUAGCGUUAGGUGUUGGAUGAUGCUUUGGAUUAGUAAGUAGCGUGUGCGGUUCCGCUACCACACGGCAAGGAGUCCCACACGAAGCUCUGGUGUGUUGGGAGGGGUGAAAAUACAUUACAAAUCGAUGCCACUCGCUUUUGGUCAUCAUGAUGCAGGUCCCCUGCCCCCGGCAUUCGACACGAGAUCAGUAUAUCAGUGAGUACACUAGGCAAGACGGGCUGAGUACCGCCGGAAGCGCCAUCGAAUCGCAGAUUAGGAUCACGGCAAGAGAGAGAGAGAGACCGAGACCGAGACCGAGUCCGAGACCGAUGCCGAGAGAGCGAGUGUGCGGGUCGCCCGGAUGCGAGAGAUGCUGGUUCGGUGCUUCGGUAGAGAGCGAACGCGCACGGCCGCGGCAAACCUCCGGUAUAGAGCCAGGGCAGGCCACCGUGGCAUCGCGGGACCACCAGCAUCAACCGAGAUCUCACUACUCACCGUGCCAUUGUAGCGUGUGGUUAGACGAGUGCGCUUGUGGUUUUGUGUCUCGGAUUCGCCGUGUUCGCGCCUGGUGUGACCACCGUCGGUUGUGUGUCGCUGUGUCGACCGCUCAUCCCGCCCGCUAGUCCGCUCGCCCGCCCGCCCAUCUGUCCCGUCGCUCGAAGUCUCGGAUCCCCCGCUUCUUAUCUCCGCAUAUCCGCAGCAUCGCCUUCUUCGAUUCGUCGUGUUUGAAAGGGCAGCAUCAGCAGAUCAGCAGGCAGUGGCAGCGAAGUAGGCGACGGCAACUGCCGCCAUCCCCCAAAAAGAGACGAGACCGACGAGGUUCCGAGAAGCGUGUUGCGGCCGGAGUGUGUCCCUCAGCUCAGCGCAUUGUGUUGUGUUUUAGCGAAAAUCAGCAACCUACCAGCACCUCGACGACGAUAUUCAUUUGAACGAUAGUGCAGGCGAGAAAGGCCCGCACCAGACUCUCGCCUUUCACACAUUUAAGCCGGAAGCUACGGAAGUGAAGCCGGAAACGAACGCCUGAACCCUUUGCUCCUCGGGUGCGAAAGACGAUAGAUUCUUCUUGACUGUUCUGUGUGAAAACACGAGACAAGCACAAAAGCGAAGCGAACUGAAACUCUCAAGCAAUCCAAGCAAUCCUCGUACUCCGACGGCCAAACGACAGCGCGAUACCGAAGCAAGCGACGAAGCACAGGGUGACGAACGAGUUGUUACUGUUAUUUGUUGUUGUUUGAAUCCCUUAAAAAGGUUCCGGUUCCUGUUUGGCCGGGCUGUGGAAGCGGAGUAACCAAGUGCGUGCAAGAAGGUAGAGUGUAGUGCGCGCGAUUAAGGAGAGAGCAGCGAAAGACUCACCCUCAAAACGAAAAGGAUCGUUCCGGCGACAGACCUUUGCGAAGUGGUUGUUGUUUAACAACACACAGGUUCUUGACAGUUUCCUUGAAUGCUUUGAAAACGGAACCAGCAGCAGUGGCAGCAUCGGAGCAGUCGGUGAGCGAGCGACAAACGAUCCUUCGAAUGACGUAAUACCCGGGUACACGGUCUAUUGUUACAAGGACAUCCCUUCAAAUCCUAUAGAUUCCGAGAGAAAGAGAGAGAGAGAGAAAAAGAGAAAGCAAAAGAGUGAGAAAGAGAGGCAUAAGACUACUUAGCUGGCAAGCGCAAGAAAAGCAAUACAAAUCAUCCGGUUCGUAAUCUCCGGACCGCUGUAGUGUGGACCUGACCGCUAAGAGCAGGAGCCUGACGAGCAAAGCAAAGAGUCCAACCGCCACUACCGGCUUCCCAAACACAGAGCCGGUCUCGAGUGGCACACAGCACACCACACAGGUGCUGCUGCCGUCUGCGCCCGCGAUUCGAUCCCAUUUUACGCACAAAAACGUAGUAGCGCCUUUACCGGCACCGGCCUCACCACGGAUCCUUAUCCGGCAGCACUGCACAAAAUGUCCCUACCGAACCCGGCUGGGCAGCUCGAUGGAGCGCUGGCAGCGCCCAAGUACGGUACGCUCAUACCGAACCGGGUCUUUGUCGGCGGCAUCAGCGGUGACACAACGGAAGCAGAACUAUGUCGCCUGUUCUCCUCGUACGGCAAUGUCAAGUCGACGAAGAUCAUCGUCGAUCGGGCAGGUGUGAGCAAAGGGUACGGUUUCGUCACGUUCGAAACGGAACAUGAAGCACAGAAGCUCCAGAAUGAUUGUGAUUGUAUUGUGCUGCGAGACCGCAAACUCAACAUUGCGCCCGCUAUCAAGAAGCAGACGAUCUGUGCCACGAACGGGGCCGUCUACUACGCGGCGACACCGCCGACGCCCGCGAUCAACAACAUACCGAUCGAGCAGUUUGCGGCCGUCUACCCGCCCGGUGUGCCAACCAUGUAUCCGCCAACGUUGCCGUACCAACCGUUCUACCAAUACUACAGCGUGCCAAUGGUUCCCAAUGCUUUCCCGCCACAGAACGUGCCCACCAUCUGGCCUCAAAACUAUCAAGGAAUCUACCCAUGCUAAGCCAACAGUAGCUUAGGUUGAGCUGGUUGAGAUACAUCAAUCGUAAACUGAGAAGCGGAGUGAGAUGGAGAUGGACAAGGAGGACCGUGUUCCGUGACUGUGACAUCAAACAGACAGAAAAUGAAUACAUUAAUGUGCCGAAUGUUCACGGUGAAUGCAGAGCGGUGGAGCAACGCGAACAACCUGGAGGCAAAUCUUAUUUAUUAUGAUUAUUAUUGUUAUUAUUAUUAUUACUAUCAUUAGUAACAAUUUAUACAAUCCUGAUAAGAGCGGCAACAACAAAUCAUGCAAAAUCACAAUCGACAUGCAAUGACAAGAAAGAGAAUCGGAAUUAGGGGGAGAAAGAGAGCGAGAGAACGAGGAGCGAGAAUCAAGUAAUCGUGCCAAGGGCAAAGGUUAAAUGACAAUUUACUUGAAGCUAGAACGAGGACCGUGGAGCCCACCUUGCCACACCUAGCCGAGAUUGCAAAUGCUUCUCAACCCGGCACGCGUGACACGCACAGAGGAAGGAACCUCGCGUAAAAUGAACACGAGCGGCGUCACAGGCUCAGUUCCGUCUUCUAUUCUACUAGGCCUGACGGAAGGAAGUGAAAGUCACACGCCAUGAAGGCAACAACGUCCUGAUAAUGUUAAUGCUAAUGGCAGCAGCACCCUCACCACCAGCACUACCACCACAUUACACUACAUGGUGUCGCAGCUCGCGCAACAUAAAAGCAGCACUCGGUGACGAGGAUGAUGAUGAUGAUGAUGAUGAUGUGUGGAAAAGUUUUGAUAUCCUGUUCGUGUGCCGGUUCACUUUAUUUUCUAUCUUCGUCUGGUCCCGCCAAGAUUAUGCAGAGCUAACCCCGGGAACAGCUGUCUAUAGGGGUCAGGCUGUGUGUGUGCUUGUGCGAGCUGUGGCUCCAUUAGGCGUUAAUAUCAUCAAGUCGGUGUCGGGAGGUAGGGAUCAGCCACAGGCGUAAACCAUAAAAGCAAAAUCCGGAUCCUGCUCUGCACAUCAAGGAUAUUUAAAAGAGUAAAGAAUGCAUGCAACGCCUGUAUGGCCCUGCCUUUGGGAAUAAAUCAUUUUGCACUCGGCAGCAAACCAUGAGCAAGCGAAAUAGGUUAGCAAGAGAGAAGAUUGCGGAAUGGACCAUCGCCAGAUGUUGGUGAUGGUGGCAGUGGCUCGGUUAAAUUAAUGGGGCACAUGGUCGUCUUCUUCGAAAGAACAAAAGUAAA